AGGUGCUCUUGGCCAUCUCGCACAGGGUAUAUCGGGGUGUUGGAGAUCGCUCUUACCAGGCUGGUACUUGAUUGGAUCAUCACCGUCCAACUCCCCUUGUGUACGCGACCUUUCGUGAUACUGCAAUCUUGUGUGUGAGGGUUUUGCGGAAUUGCGGGUUCUUUCAACGUCAAUACAGGAAGCUGCGGAAGGAGGGUGCUCUCGUGCUCUCAGCGGUGGAUUCGUGGUCGUGGUCGUGGUUGGGCACGAGAGUGAGAACGAGCAUCUGGACCAGCCAUGUCCAUGUACAUCCGGCUAAAGCGCCACAACACGACGGUGUUCAUGCACUGCGAGCCGGCGGACAACUUCGCCACCAUCAAGGCCAAGGCGGGCAAGCUCAUGAACAUCGAACAGGGACAGAUUGGCCUCUUCGCCACGCGGGAUAAGGCGAGGGAGCUAGUGGACUUAGCAACCAUUGGCGAUCAGGAGAUCGACAACGACCAAGUCUUGUACGUCGUCAAGAGAUCAGGGGAUGGCUACGAGGAUGUGAGCGUGACCAACACCGACGGAACCACCCCCGCAGAAGGCGACGUGGAAAAGUGAAGUGGAGUGAAGAGACCUGGCCUACCUCAAGUGAUCUUCGAUCGAUCGAUCAACGGCGCACCCCAGAGCUAUCACGUCAUAGCAGACCCGGGCUCCCAGCCCCGCCCCUCCGACGGGCGUGAUCGAUGUUUUUACUAAAUAAGCUCGUAGAAGAUUCCCGCGUGGUGCUGGUGCUGGUGCUGGUGCUGCUGGUGCUGAUUCGGUCAUUUCCCGACGUUAUGUUUUUCUGGGUGGGAGAUUCUCCCGUGGUGCUGACCGGGUCAUUGUCCGACAUUCUGGUUUCUGGCGAUGGCCAUGGGGCCAUCGGUGGCAGUUGCGUUGAUCGUCACUUAUUUCCGGGACGGCGGGGUACGUCGCGUUUGGUUCACGGAGUCGGCACGGCGGUUGCUUUUGAUUUGUGGUUUCCGCGUGUCGACGUGGACCAUUGCGCCGGAUGUGAAGCCCCAGCGAACGCAGGGCGACCGUUGGAAAUGUCGCGCUCUGGUCCACGCAAGCGAGUGUUGUUGGUGUCCUACAGGACUAGAAUGCCGCCUAUUGGUGACUCCUUGCUUGGGCCGCGGCCCGUGUGGCUGGACACUCAACAGAUCGCACGGGCGCGGGGUUGAUUCUCAGGUUUCGCCGAAUCACUCUGCCCAGGAUAAAAAGACCCGGCGCUUCAUCAUUCGUGCCUUGUGUCUGAACAACCUGAACUUCUGUUGGCAACUUGUUGUCGGACGAUACGAGAGAUCCGUCGUCAACGGGGCUACAAUAACUGCACGGCAGAUUUUUUUUUGCCGUAGAUUGUUUUUUCCUGUCUGAAUCACCAGUACGUGGCGACAGAUCUGUGGCUGUUCUAUGCUGUCCACGAGAUAUAUUUCGCUUCCGAAGGUAGACGGAGGGGGCAGAGUGGGGGGCUGUUGAAGGGGCGGAGCAUGAAUGACGGGGUUUCAAAAUCGUUGUUUCAUUGCAUCCGCUAGGGAUGUUUCGGUGUCCCUUUUGGCAUGCAUGGAGGUGCACCAAGUCCAAUCAGUUUCGCAGGAG